GAUCAGCCCAGCUCAGCUCAGCUCCCACUCAAUGCAAUUAAGGCGGACUUCAGCAGACUCUCCUGCCGUACAGUACGUGUUCAGCAAGGAUCGACGUUGAGUCAACAGGAACCAGAGUGUAAGAGAGGGGCUUUGGUCCAAAAAAAACAGAAGGAGAGAUUGCCUAGCCUUCUAAUUUCUCCCCUCUCCACUAGCCCCAGAACAAUGUCGAUGAGCCCUAAGCAUACGACUCCUUUUUCUGUUUCCGAUAUCUUGAGUCCUCUUGAGGAGAGCUACAAGAAAGUAAGUAUGGAGAACAACAACUUGGGGGCGCCUCUUGCGUCGUACCGGCAGCCGCAGGUGUCUCAGGCGGCGAUGCAGCAGCACCACAUGGGCCAUAAUGGGACAGUGUCUGCGGCGUACCACAUGACGGCUGCUGGGGUGUCCCAGCUUUCACACACCGCGAUGGGGGGUUACUGUAACGGCAAUCUGGGGAACAUGAGCGACCUGCCACCUUACCAGGACGGCAUGAGAGGCAGCGCCACCGCCACUGGUUGGUACGGAGCCAACACCGACCCGCGAUUCUCCACCAUCUCCCGCUUCAUGGGUUCUUCCUCGGGCAUGAACAUGGGCAGUAUGGGCAGUAUGGGCAGUAUGGGCAGCCUUGGAUCCCUCGCGGACGUGGGCAAAGGCAUGGGCCCGCUCUCGAGCACCCCAAGAAGGAAGAGGCGCGUGUUGUUCUCUCAAGCUCAGGUCUACGAGCUUGAACGGCGAUUCAAACAACAGAAGUACCUAUCCGCGCCAGAGAGAGAACACCUGGCAAGCAUGAUCCACCUCACUCCGACCCAGGUUAAAAUCUGGUUCCAGAACCACCGGUAUAAAAUGAAGAGGCAAGCCAAGGACAAAGUGUCUCAGCAGCAGAUGCAACAGGAGAGUAGUUCCUGUCAGCAGCAGUCCCCUCGGCGGGUGGCGGUGCCGGUGUUGGUGAAAGACGGCAAGCCGUGCCAAGGGAGUGCCCAUACUCCAACCACUACUGUCCAGACCCACCACCAGCAAGGGGCAAAUGUAAUGAUCAUGUCCAGUAACGGGUCAGGCCUAAGCCAACACCAGGUUCAGCAGGUGGUUAGUGCAGGUCACUCUCCAGACCUAGCACAUCAUUCGGCCAGCCCACCAUCUAUUCAGACCCAGGUUGCUAGUCUUUCUCAGCUGAACUCGAGCGCUGAGUACGGGACCGCCCUGCAGUGUUCUGCUCUAUUAUAUGGAAGGACAUGGUGACAGCAAGACAAACUAUGAACACAAACGAACAUACAACACUGCUGUCGAAGCAUUUGCUUUCAAAAUCGCUCCACAGACAAACAAACUGUACUUUGUGUACAUUUUCAAACAAUACCAUUCGGUGCAUUUGGUUCACGCUGUUCUUCUAAAAUGUAAUUUACUAUUUUGGAAAAGAAAAGAGAAAACAUAUUGGAUAUGCUGAGUCUGACAGCAAAAGGAGAAGAAAGACACCCGAGAGACGAAGUUUCAAGGAUAUGCGAGUUCAACACUCGCUUUGAAGGUGGAUUUUUAUUUAUGUAAAUUAUAAUGAGAAGGUUUAGGCCUAGAAAGCCAGGCUCGCAUCAAAAGGUCAUAGGCCUACUCCUGCGUGUAGGUCAUUGAAAAACUGUGGGUGCUUUUCAACUUUUUCACAGAAGGCUCUGGUUUAUAAUAGAAUUUAAUGUAAAACGUAGCUUGUAUAUUUCUGUAUAAUGUUUCAAUUGAAUAUAUAGUUUUUAGCAAUAUGUUGUACAAAGUUUUUAUCGCUUUUGAUGGUUUGUUGUUGGUUCUUUGAGU